AUCAUGCACACACAAACAUGAGAGCUCCAAUUCGUUGGUUACUGUCUAACUGCUCUCCAAUCAAAACUCCUUCCAUAAAAAAUUUUUGUACAGGAGAUCAAGCCUCUGGUAUAAUCAAACCCAGAUUAGAAGUUGGUAGGUUCCUUACCAAGGUUCGAAAUGAAGGAGAUGGAGCUGUUGUUAGAAGAUGCAUUUUAAGCAAGGAAUUCAAGAAUGUGGAUCCGUUUAUUCUGUUGGAUGAGUUCGAUGUUUCUGCACCUGGGGGGUUCACUGACCAUCCACAUAGAGGUUUUGAGACUGUCACAUAUAUGUUACAGGGAGCUUUGACUCAUCAAGAUUUUGCAGGGCACAAGGGCACAAUCAGAACUGGUGAUGUACAGUGGAUGACUGCUGGUCGGGGAAUAGUUCACUCGGAAAUGCCUGGAGAAGGAACCAAUAAGGGCCUGCAGCUUUGGGUCAAUUUAUCGUCCAAAGAUAAAAUGGUCGAGCCUAGAUACCAAGAUUUACCCAAGGAGAAUAUCAAGAGUGCUGAGAAAAACGGAGUUGAGGUCAGGGUUAUCACAGGAGAAGCCAUGGGAAUCCGGUCUCCAGUAUUCACUAGAACUCCAGCAAUGUACCUUGAUUUCAUUCUGAAACCUGAAGCUAAAUGGUACCAAAGUAUUCCAGUGUCCUGGAACUCCUUUGUGUAUGUGAUUGAAGGAGAGGGUGUCUUCGGGACAUUGGAUUCAGCAGCAGUGACGGCUCACCAUGUCCUGGUCUUGGGUCCAGGGAACGGUGUCAAUGUAUGGAACAAAUCCACUGAGCCUCUCAGAUUCAUUCUGAUUGGAGGGCAACCUCUUAAUGAACCUGUUGCUAGACGUGCGUUCUUUGUGAUGAACACUCAAGCUGAGAUAAACCAGACUCUUGAGGACUAUCGCCUUUUCCAAAAUGGUUUUGAAAAGGCUAGGGAUUGGAGGUCUCAACCAAUCUAGGUUGAACAUUUGAAACAUGUGGAAUGGGUCUGAAUAGGAACAAGAACAUAUCAAUCCAAAAAAGCAAGAAGAGUAGCAUCUCUAUUUACAUCCAACACAGAGAAAUUAAAUGGUUGCAGGAAGGAAGAACUGAUAC